GCUUCCUCAAACUGUGACCACAAGGUAUAAACUCUGCUCUUAUGCUGUAUUCUAAACUUCCAGUAAACCCAGACCCUGCAUUCACUAUAUAUGGUCUCCCUCAACCCUGCAUUCACUAUAUAUGGUCUCCCUCAACCCUGCAUUCACUAUAUCUGGUCUCCCCGGACCCUGCAUUCACUAUAUCUGGUCUCCCGUGACUUUGCAUUCACUAUAUCUGGUCUCCCCGGACCCUGCAUUCACUAUAUCUGGUCUCCCCGGACCCUGCAUUCACUAUAUCUGGUCUCCUCGGACCCUGAAUUCACUAUAUCUGGUCUCCCCAGACCCUGCAUUCACUAUAUCUGGUCUCCCCGG